UCAGGAAGAGCCGCGAGGCCAAUAUGGCUUCCUGCACCUGGUGACGGUUGAAGAAACGGGUGUUAGGUCUCAUGGAGAAGACGCGGGGCGUCGAGGAGACUCCAUCUUCAGAACCUAUGGAAGAGGAAGAGGAAGAGGAGGACGACUUGGAGCUCUUUGGUGGCUAUGACAGUUUCCGGAGCUAUAACAGCAGUGCGGGCAGUGAGAGCAGCUCCUAUCUAGAGGAGUCAAGUGAAGCAGAAAAUGAAGAUCGGGAAGCAGGGGAGCUGCCCACCUCCCCCCUGCAUUUGCUCAGUCCUGGGACUCCCCGCUCCUUGGAUGGCAGUGGUUCUGAGCCAGCUGUCUGUGAGAUGUGUGGUAUCGUGGGUACAAGGGAAGCCUUCUUCUCCAAGACUAAGAGAUUCUGCAGCGUUUCCUGUUCCAGGAGCUACUCCUCCAACUCCAAGAAAGCCAGUAUCUUGGCCAGAUUACAGGGAAAACCACCAACCAAGAAAGCCAAAGUCCUGCACAAGGCAGCCUGGUCUGCCAAAAUUGGAGCCUUCCUCCACUCCCAAGGGACAGGACAGCUAGCAGAUGGGACACCAACAGGGCAAGAUGCGCUGGUCUUGGGUUUCGACUGGGGGAAGUUCCUGAAGGAUCACAGUUACAAAGCUGCUCCUGUCAGCUGUUUUAAGCAUGUCCCUCUCUAUGACCAGUGGGAAGAUGUGAUGAAAGGGAUGAAGGUAGAGGUACUCAACAGCGACGCCGUGCUCCCCAGCCGGGUGUACUGGAUUGCCUCUGUCAUCCAGGCCGCGGGGUAUCGGGUGCUGCUCCGGUAUGAAGGCUUUGAAAAUGACGCCAGCCAUGACUUCUGGUGCAACCUGGGAACGGUGGAUGUCCACCCCAUUGGCUGGUGUGCCAUCAACAGCAAGAUCCUUGUGCCCCCUCGGACCAUCCAUGCCAAGUUCACCGACUGGAAGGGGUACCUCAUGAAACGGUUGGUGGGCUCCAGGACGCUUCCUGUGGAUUUCCAUAUCAAGAUGGUGGAGAGCAUGAAGUACCCCUUUCGGCAAGGCAUGCGGCUGGAGGUGGUGGACAAGUCCCAGGUGUCACGGACCCGCAUGGCAGUGGUAGACACAGUAAUCGGGGGUCGCCUUCGGCUCCUCUAUGAGGACGGCGACAGUGAUGACGACUUCUGGUGCCACAUGUGGAGCCCCUUGAUCCACCCAGUGGGCUGGUCACGGCGAGUUGGCCAUGGCAUCAAGCUGUCAGAGAGGCGCAGUGACAUGGCCCACCAUCCCACCUUCCGGAAAAUCUACUGUGAUGCUGUUCCUUACCUGUUCAAGAAGGUUCGAGCUGUCUACACGGAAGGUGGUUGGUUUGAAGAGGGGAUGAAACUGGAAGCCAUUGACCCUCUGAAUCUGGGCAACAUCUGCGUGGCAACCAUCUGCAAGGUUCUCCUAGAUGGCUACCUGAUGAUCUGUGUGGAUGGGGGGCCCUCCACAGAUGGCUCAGACUGGUUCUGUUACCAUGCCUCCUCCCAUGCCAUCUUCCCAGCCACCUUCUGCCAAAAGAAUGACAUUGAGCUCACACCCCCAAAAGGCUACGAGUCGCACACUUUCAGCUGGGACACCUACUUGGAGAAGACCAAAUCGAAAGCAGCUCCAUCGAGACUCUUUAACAUGGACUGCCCCAACCACGGCUUCAAGGUGGGCAUGAAGCUGGAGGCCGUGGACCUGAUGGAGCCCCGGCUCAUCUGCGUGGCCACGGUGAAGCGGGUGGUACACAGACUCCUCAGCAUCCACUUUGAUGGCUGGGACAGCGAGUAUGACCAGUGGGUGGACUGUGAGUCUCCGGACAUCUACCCCGUCGGCUGGUGUGAGCUCACCGGCUACCAGCUCCAGCCACCUGUGGCCGCAGAGCCGACCACACCUCUGAAGGCUAAAGAGGCCACAAAGAAGAAAAAGAAACAGUUCGGGAAGAAAAGGAAAAGAAUACCACCGACCAAGACCCGGCCCCUCAGACAGGGGUCCAAGAAGCCCCUGCUGGAGGAUGACCUGCAGGCUGCAGAGAAGAGCUCAUCGGAUCCUGUUCCUGAAGAGAUCAUUGCUGUGCGGGUGAAGGAAGAGCAUCUAGACAUGGCCACGCCCGACAAAGCCCCGAGUCCAGAGCUUCCCGUUCCCAUCGAGAACAUCAAACAGGAGACAGACGACUGAGCCUUCCCCACCAGCCCGGGGCUCCUCUGUUGCCACCACCCCUUCACCCUGCUUUAGUGUGGAGAUGAGCCUUUUUUGCCCAAGUCCUGCCAGGUGCCGUGAGGGCCAGGCAUCAAAGGACCUCUGCCCUCUGGCCAGGCCUCUGUGAUUUGUCUGUGAGCGACUCCUCCUCCAGCUACACUUCCCAAAGCUCUUCUUACAGUACCCCCUCCACACCGUACCCCUCAACUGCCAUGGGGUAGAGGGCUGCCCCCAGUCACACUGGAAGACAAGUUAGUGAAGCGUGUGUGUCCGCGAGCAAGUCCUACAAUAAAGGCCUGGAGCAGCUCUCGAGGGGGAGGCAGUUGCAGGUUGGGUGGGGAGCGAUGUGGUGGGGGCCUAAGAGCAGCCUUUCACCGCUGGGGUUGGCGCUCUCCUAGCACCCUAGGGAGGUCAGGGAGCCCCGCACAGGCACCCAGCUCUGGCAGGCAGCUAAAAUGGCAGUGAGGAGGCAGGUUCUGGUGAUGCAGGAGGUGGCCUUACUUAACCUGUUUUCUCUGUUGGCCUGAGUCCGGCCCCCAUUUCCUAAAGGGAACAGUGGAAUAGAGGUGGGGUCUGCCCCUGGCUGGGGGCUUGCAGGAACCUAGGGGGAAAGGGCACGCAGUCCCCCGUGUCACUUGGGGAGGCCUGGUGGUAGAGGGAGGCAGCAGGACAGGAGGGCGAGCCGGCCGUGCUGUGAGGGGACCCCAGCUGGAAGGGAGACCACAGCCAGCCUGUGCUUAACCUGCUCUGAGCCCAGCGUGGCAGGGGCCUGGCCUCUCACCCCCUUCUCCCUGUUAAGCAGGGUCUGAGGCAGUCCUGCCCCAGGGUCAUGGGGCAGCAGAGUGGCCAACCCUGCCGGCUGAGGUGGCCCUAAGGGAGCCCCUGGAGGAAGGGAGAAGAGGGUGACAGGACACACCUCCUGGCUCCCUGGCCCUAACUGGCCACCCUCCUUUCUGAAAUUACGUCCUAGAAGCUCACCUAGCAUCUUCCCAAAUUUCAGUUGCUUUUAUUUUUCCAAGUUAGUUUCCUUGGAAACUACCCUCUCUCCGUCCUUCCAGUAACUUCCUGGAAUGGAAGAUGGAGGCAGGCUGACCUUUCUUUCCUGUCUGGGUGGAGACGUGCUGCCAGUUGGAUCCCCAUAUUGUCCUUUAGGGGGUGCAGCUGUGCUGCUCUGGGUGUCUGGCCAUGUUCUCUGGGCCUAUCUGCCACUGCUUGUGCGUUUGCCCAGGACCCGGCUGUUUGGUGUUACCCAGAGACGGGGUGACCAGCCCACCGGAAGCUGGUCUCCCUCCAGUCACUCCUCCCAGAGAGAACUGGAUCCUGGCUCCUUUGCUGAAGGCACUAGUGAGCCCCACACGGUAUAGAAACCAGGCUCAGAGUGGUGUGUUAGUGCAGCCUGAAUUCCCCAAAAAGUGAUGAGGUUUGGGUCACAGUGAAGAUCUAGGACAGGGGCCGCGCUCAUCCUGCUGCUGCUCACACGUAUACCCCAGGCCUGGGCGGUGGAGGCCAGUAGCCUCAGCCCCCAGUGUGCCACCGGCAGAAGCCACUGCAUUGUGCCCAAACCCCUAGUGGUUCGGGGAUCCAGUUCUGACCAUGGAGCUUCUGGAAAAACUUGGGACUUUGUGGCAUUGCAACCUUCUGUUCCUUCUCCCUGAAUGAACAAAUGAUGCCGCCACAGGCCAUGGUAAGGAUGGCAGGGUCAGAGGACAGGCCAGCUGCCAUCCCAGCCCUCCACGGGCUGCCCAGGACUUCCUGGAGUUCGUCAGGUUUUUGUUUCUUAGAGCUGAGUGUCUUCUGACCUGUCGCCCAUAGGGUCAGUUAUGAAGGCUGGGUUCACACGCAAGAACAAUGAAUAAAUGUCCUCCGCUGAGCGCCCUGUCUCCAUAGCAACCA